AUGUUGUCUGUGUGGAAUUUGUUUCUCUACAGUCUCCUGGUGGGCAUUUUUUGGAUGAAAGAGGCGAACGCUGGAAAACGAUUCGAUUUACACGAUCGACUAAACGAUUCGGUUGAAGAUUGGCUGCUGCUCUUAUCGACUUUCAGUGAAAGAAAGAAUACGACAAUUCUUCCCAGCAACCUCACCAACAGCUCGAUAAACGAUCGAUUAGAAACAAACAAAACGACGAUACCGUUAAGUAGAGGGAAAUCAUCAGGGAAAAGGAUAUGGCCCGGAAAACUCUGUCGAAAAUACACAGAAAUCGAGAAAUACAAGAUGCUAGGCGGACGAAAUUUACUCUUUUUAGCAAACAGCAUCGACGAGGCAGCCGAGCAUUUUGGGCCUUUAGAUGCGGGUCCCGAUGAGUAUUUCCUUCAAAACAACGAUGUGGUUAUCAGCUUGCAGGAGGACGAUUAUAUGCGUUGUGAUUUUCGCUGUCAACGCAUUAAGGAGGCUCUGUCGGCGGCCAAGUUUCAUUCAAAAUCGACACUGAGAAAAAAACUCAACGAUGACAUCAUUCCCGAGGUUGAGGUUCAAGAGGGUCGCGCACCGUGCUCACUCGAUGACUUCAUCGCGACAAACAAUUGCUCGAUGAGUCAAGUGUACGAGGAGGAGGAGAUACUGUGUGCAAGAUGUCAUGGAGUUUUCAAUCUUGGUCGUGGCUGUUUUCCGCGCUAUUUGAACGCGGUUCGUUGUGAGGGAAAAGAUACAGGGUGUAUCUAUGACCGAUGGACGAAUUUGGCUCAUGGGAAAUGCCGUCCACAGCGCCUCAGUUUUCGAAUUCUGCAAAACAUUGGCGAUGAUGAAUGUGAAGUUUGGAAAAUUGUGAAUAUCCAGCUCCCCGUCGCUUGCAACUGCCUGUUGAACUCAAAUUCAGCUCUGCUAAUCUCAAAGCCGGCAAUUGGUUCU